CUGCUGCGAACUCUAAUGGAGGAUCAGGACAGUUUUAAACAUUGGGGUGCGGCCAAGGAUGAGCUGCAUUUAAUGGUGAGUCCCGGUGCCCUUUCCCAUUUCAAGACUGAAGUUCAAAGGGCUAACUUGAGUGCGGAGGUUUUAAUAAACAAUGUUCAAGAACUCAUAGACUCUGAGAAAGCGCCUGACACAAGAGCCAGUGCAGAUGAAUCCUUUGGCUGGAGAAAGUACAACACUCUAGCUGAAAUUUAUGUCUGGCUGGAUGGUAUCCUGGCUGCAUACCCCACCGUAACCGAGGAGUUUAUUGUGGGACAAUCCUACGAAGGACGCACCAUACGUGGCAUUAAGAUCUCAUAUAAAUCGGGAAAUCCAGGAGUGCUAAUUGAGUCUAAUAUUCAUGCUAAUGAGUGGAUAGCCUCGGCCACUUGCACCUGGCUGAUCAAUGAAUUCCUCUCCUCCGAAGAUGCUCUUGUUAGGCAGAUGGUGGAGAACCAUGACUGGUAUAUAAUUCCAGUACUCAAUGUGGAUGGCUUUGUCUACUCCCACGAGAAGGAUCGUAUGUGGCGUAAGACCCGCCAGCCGACGCCAGGUUCCAGCUGCAUUGGAGUUGAUCCUAAUCGGAACUUCGAUGUCCGUUGGAUGGAGAGUGAUGGAGCCUCAUCGAAUCCCUGUGACUGGAACUAUGGUGGACCACAUGCACUUUCCGAACCGGAAAUCCAGGCGAUGACCAAUUUGGUGAACAACCUAAAGGACAAGAUCAAUGUGAUGCUAGCUUUCCACAGCUAUAGCCAGGUUCUGCUCUCACCAUAUGGCCACAGCAGUGUGGAGUUUCCUCCCAAUUACGAGGAUCUAAUGACGGUGGCCAAGGCUUAUGCAGAUGCUGUGGAUAAACUGCCAUAUGGCACUGUCUUUCAAUAUGGCUCUGUGGGAGGAUUGCUUUAUCCCGCCACAGGCGCCACCAUCGAUUUGACAUACCAGGAGGGCAUUGAGAUUACUUAUACCGUUGAGUUCAGGGACACUGGACACUAUGGCUUUAUCCUUCCCCCGGCACAUAUUAUACCAAAUUCCGAGGAGACUUUGGCAGGAAUUAUGGCCCUUUUGGAGAAAACCCAAGAGUUGGGUUACAUGAAACCCAAAACGAAAUUGUAA